AUGUGUGACCAGCAGAAGCAGCCACAGUUCCCCCCAUCUUGCGUGAAAGGCUCAGGAUUAGGAGCUGUGCAGAGUACUAAAGGUACCUCUCUGAAAGGCCCAGCUCCAUCCCAGACUCAAACCUGCAUGAAAUGCCCAGCUCCAUGCCAGACUCAAACCUAUGUGAAACAUGUAACUCCUUGCCCAACCCAAACCUAUGUGAAAUACCAAGUGCCAUGCCAGACUCAAACUUAUGUGAAAUAUGCAGCUCCUUGCCAGACAUAUGUGAAGUGCCCAACUCCGUGUCAGACAACCUAUGUGAAGUGCCCAGCUCUGUGCCAGACGUAUGGGAAGUGCCCAGCUCCGUGCCAGACAACCUAUGUGAAGUGCCCAGCCCCCUGUCAGACCCAGACGUGCUAUGUACAGGGCCCUUCUUCUGGCCAGACCUACUACGUUCAGGCUCCCACAAGUGGCUUGGCCAUGUCGUGCUGCACCCCUGACCCAUCCUCUGCUCCCAGUUCCACCAGCUACUGCUGUCUGGCUCCCCGGACCUUCGGGGUGAGUCCCCUGAGACGCUGGAUCCAACGGCCCCAGGACUGCAACUCAGGAUCAUCUGGCUGCUGUGAAGAUUCUGGGUGCUGUAGCUCCGGGUGCUGUGGCUCUGGGUGCUGUAGCUCCGGGUGCUAUGGUUCUGGGUGCUGCUGUUUGGGAAUUAUCCCUAUGAGGUCCCGAGGUCCUGCAUGCUGUGAUCAUGAGGAUGACUGCUGCUGUUAA